GAGGAAUUUUAUUUUCAACGUUUUCAUUCCCGCCCUUACUUUUUGUUCCACUCCCUGCUGCUCUCGGAGAUUUUUUUUUUUGCCGAUCGCCUCUUCUCGAAGGUCUUCGUCUGACAGCUCCAUCGUAUUCUCCUUCAGUAAGCUCUCUUUCGCGUCUCAGAUUCGAUAACAGAUGAGAAUGGCUAGAAAGAAGACUGAGAGUUCAACUGAAUCCUCAAAGGAGAUCAAAGCGAGAGGAAAAUUCACUAGAGCCAACAAGUGGAAGCAUAAUAGUAAAAGAGAGAAGAGGAAGUCCCCUUCUGAUUCUCCAGACGGGGCUCAACAAGUACCUGUUCUUGCUCUCCAUUCGGACAAAGAGGUUAGACGUUGUGGAAAAAUGAAGUUGCAGCUUUUUCCUGUGGAUGCUCAUACACGUCAAGGAUUAGAAAAGGAUGGCUUUCACCCAUAUUUGGAACUCACUCUUAGCUCACGGAAGAAGGUUUCUUCAGUGCUUCAACACAUUCACUGUAAAUGGGGAAGCUCAGAUAUAGCUCGGGGAGAUCCUACCUUGUACCCAUUUGAUCAAUCGAGUAGUUCUGGUCCUAAAUGGACACCAAACAGCAGCAUUACGAUUAAGGAUGUCUAUGUGGCUAUUGGAGCUCCAUCCCUAUUCCGCUUAAGGUAUGGAUGGUCCUCUGAGACUUGUAAUAAAACAGAUGAACCGCCAUCUCCAUCAACUCCGAGUAUCACUUGUUUUCCAAAUGUAGAACCUCAGAACAUCUUCUGUAACAAAAGAGAGAAUGGAAAGCAGAUGUUUGGUUUAGAUAACCUAACUCAAGUGACUGACCCGCCUCUCUCUGAACACACUCCACCUGAUGGACCAGUCGAGUCAGCAGCGGAGAAGAAGAUAAAUAACGGAUCUGGACCAACAUUUUUUCAAUGGGAUGAUGGUUUAACAAGCUUAAGUAUUGGCGGCUUACUUUCUGAAGUAUCUUUGAAGGGGAACUUCGGGAACGGUUCUAAAAAUUCAAACGCGAACCCAACUCUCUGGGACGAGAAUCUUACAAACAUAAGCAUUGGAGGUCUGUUUUCCGAGGCAUCUUUACAAGGCAGACGCAGUAAAGAAGCAUCAACUCAUAAUAAUAGCGGUAAUCAGCAGCCAAGUGUUAGCAUUGGAGCCUUUCUUUCUGAAGCAUCAUCACGAGGAGAGUGGAGUAACAAAACUUGGGAGACCAGGGGAGCUACCUCACAACAACCAUUACCUCUAAUCUCUGAUUCAUUAGAUGCAUUCCUUGUAAACCAAACAACAGAUCAGCCUCGAGGUCCAUGUCAUGCACGUCCUCCUCCCGAGUUGUCACAUUCGUCUAUACUCGACGCAGAAGACACAUGCCAUGCAUUUUCAUUCCGAAAGCGCACUACAACCUCACCCAAGGUUCUUGAGCAGGUAAGUGAAGAAACUGAGGAGCAGCAACAGAAAGAUGAGUCUAAACCUGCAAAAGGGUUGUUUGGUUCAGGGGUGUUUAAUCAGGACAGCAGCCUUGGAUUUUCAGGAAUCAAGUGGGCUGACUCACGAGGACCAUUUGAUUUUGGCUUAUCUUUGUCGUCCCGAAAGUUUACAAAUGGAGACAGCGUAAGCUUUGGUGCUGCGGUAAAAGAUCUACGGGAAGUGGAACCUUCAGAAGAUAAAAUAAAGCUUCAAAAGCAUUGAAGCUCAUUACAAUGAAUCCACAGGAAUGUUUCAUAGGACCUCGCUAUGAAGGAGAAGGACGCGAGGGGAGGGAUGGGGGAUGUUACAUUCCUAUUCGUUCCUUUCAUGUAAAUUUUGACAUAUAUGGCACCGACAUGAUUCCUCUUUUUAUAGAACAAAAUGGAAAAUAACAAAAUGUGGUAUAAAUUUGUUUUCUGAAAUUAGAAUCACAGAGAAAUUAUCUCUGUUUAAUUUUAUAAGGUUUUUGAUUUCCAAAUUGUAAGAUAUUCUAAGAUUUCUAGGUUGACUUUUAAGUUUGGUUAAAUCA